AACCCAGAGGAAGCUCUGUUGCCUGGAGGGGACCCGCCGCCAUCUCAGGUCUCUUGGCUUCGCCAGGGCCCACUGGAGAGAGCUGACACCCAGGUCCUAUAAUCCUUAUGGGGGACCAACCUUGUACCUCCGGGAGAUCCACGCUCCCACCUGGAAACACGCGGGAAACGAAGCCUCCAAAAAAGCGGUGCCUCCUAGCUCCACGUUGGGAUUAUCCAGAAGGAACCCCGAACGGAGGUAACACCACUCUCCCUUCCACACCUCCUCCAGCAUCACCGGGUCUGAAGUCGCAUCCACCUCCUCCGGAGAAGUAGUACAAUAUACUUCUUCCACCCUAAACCAGUCUAUGAGGGAUUGCAGUAUGACUCCAUUUCCUUGGUGUAUUCGUAAAAUAGUUCACUCAGUGAAGACAAUGAAGAUUAUUGACAUUGCCACCCUGCUUUUUCUGAUGUCCUACACCAGGAAGUUGUGAUUUUUAAGUCUUAUGAUAUAAUCAGCGAAACUUCACCUCCUGAAUUUGGGUGGAUUCUGGGACAUGACCAGUAUCAAGCUGUAGAUCUCUAAAGUUGAAGACCCCAGCCUGGAUUGUGAUGACCUCACCAAAGAAAAUAAUGCCUGAGCAGACCAAUCAUCCUGUACUCAAGCUGCAGCUCAGCCAAUCAGAUCAUGUGUCUCUGAGGGUGUUGGUGUGGCCAUUUUCCCUAAGUUAUGGUGCCCAAACCCAGAUGGGAUCAGAUUUGUCAUUGGACCCCCAGAUCUCUUACUCAGGACUCUAGCACAUAACCUUCUAAGAGAAGCAGACGAUAUUAAGACAAGGUGGCAAGAAUACACAGAACUAUACCAAAAGGAUCUUCAUGAC